AUGAGAAAGAGCGAGCUUGGGAAGGGUGGUCCCCGGACAGCCGGUUAUCUGGCCUUAUCGGGGGGGAGGGCGCGCACUCGCGACUGGCGAGGGGGCCUGCUUCAGAAGGGGGUGCAGCCUGAAAACAGCGGCAGAAAAAAAAAAAAGUAG